CAUCAUUCAUUGUUGUUUUGCUUGCUCGUAGCGCGUACUUGACGUUAAAACGAAUUUGUAUUGCGUAAAUAAAUGAUACUUAUUUUUAUUUAAUAAUAUAAAAUGAAAUAAUCAUACCGUACACUCAAGUUUAUCAUAUGAAGUGGCGCAGAUAAGGACUGUUAUAUCUAGCGGAGACAAUCAGUCUCAGCAUCAGUUCGUCUGGAACAUCUUUAUCGCGGAAAUAUGCGAGCAUCUCCAGUGUGCUGAUUACUGAAUUAGUUCGCCGCAGUUGUUUCGUAGAAAUGGGCCGAUCGGUCGUGGUACCAUAAAAAACUUAGUGAAAGAAGUUAGAACUGGCUUGUGGAAUUUACUAAAAAUAUUUUAAAAAGAAACUUUAAAAAUAAAUAAUGGAAUCGGCGGGUGGAUCAGUUUUGGCGGAAUAUGUUCCGGAGUAUUUAUUUAAUUUUGUGGACGAAUUAGACGAACAUCCGUGGUUGUUUGCCUGUCUCGCGUCUAUUCUUGUGGGUUUGAGUGGGAUACUGCCUUUGCUCAUAAUCCCUAUCGACAAGAGCGCCAGUUUCAAAGACGGAGCGGGAGCAGCUACUCUCAAAAUUCUACUCAGCUUUGCAGUCGGCGGUCUACUGGGAGAUGUCUUCCUGCAUCUACUGCCUGAAGCCUGGGAGCACGAUUUGGCCAGUACUAAAGAAGGCGAACACGUUUCCCUAAAAUGCGGUCUGUGGUGCCUAUUCGGGAUGCUAGUAUUCAUUAUAGUAGAGAAGCUCUUCGCAGCAUCAGAAGAAGUAGAAGACGACAGCAAACACAACGGCAGCAUCAAGCACAUAGAGAUAGAAGAGAUAGAGAAGCUUCUGGAAGUAGAGAGGAAGCAGAGGAAGGGGGAAGGGAUAUGCGGGGGGAACGGCACCGUCACCGCGAGACAGCUGUAUGACUCGUGCGUGUUCAAUAAUAACACUAAAGGUGAAGGCGCGUGCUGCAACAGCGUGGCAGCCAGUAACGGAGCCCUGAAGAACUGCAAGGGGCAGGGACAGGGCCGCUGGAUGGGCCGCUGCUUGCUACGGGAAGCACGGGAGAAGGCCCAACAAGCUUCUAAGAAGACUGAUAAAGGGGAUAAAAAAGAUGUGGCAGGCUACUUGAACCUGAUGGCGAACUCCAUCGACAACUUCACUCACGGGCUGGCCGUGGGGGGAUCCUUCCUGGUGGGGUUCCGGGUGGGGUUGCUUACGACCUUUGCGAUACUCGUGCACGAGAUCCCUCACGAGGUGGGUGACUUCGCCAUCCUGCUGAAGAGCGGGUUCUCGCGGUGGGAAGCCGCUAAAGCACAACUGGCGACGGCUUCAGCUGGUCUGAUCGGCGCCAUGGUAGCGGUUGUAUUUAGUGGGGCCAAGAACGCUAUAGAAGCGAAAACCUCGUGGAUAGUACCUUUCACGGCGGGCGGGUUCCUGCACAUCGCGCUGGUGACGGUGCUGCCCGACCUGCUGCGGGAGGACGACAAGCGGGAGUCGCUCAAACACCUCGCCGCGCUCGUCGCCGGCAUCGCCGUCAUGGCCACCAUGCAGCACUACGCCGGGUAAAAUGCGAGCAUACGAUGGCAACACUGAUGGUAGCUUUUGGUAGAAAUUUUGUUAUCCUGGCAACACCCGAAAUAAAGCAGCAAUACUAGUUCCAAGAGGGUCUAAAAACGCCACAUCAAUCACACAAGUACCUCGUCGCGGUUGACCGCGACGGCCUUGAGGCCGCCAUGCAGCACUACGCCGGGUAAAAUUAUCACAUAGGAUACAACACUGGUGGUAGCUUUUGGUAGACAAUUUGUUAUACAUGGCAACACCGGAAAUAAAGUGACAAAAGGCGCCGAUUUAUAUCUUUACACAAUAGAGGCUAUAGUGGCAUAUUAAUGCUUAUUAUAUCGACGGUAUCUUGUGGCUUAAACCCGGUACGAUUUUCGUUGCGUUCAAUAAAAUGGCGUUUUCGUAACAUGCGCUUCUUGUCGGCCAAUAGGGGAAUUAAUAUUAUUAUUAAGCUAAUGAGGAUAAAAACUACCUAUUCCUCCCAUCAGGUGUCGCAACUGUUGAUUGAUUUAAAAUUUUGACAGUUCCCCAUACUAUUUGACUAAACGAACAUAAUUAUUUCGGUUAUAUUUUUAAACUAUAACCCUUUGCGCAGCGUUUCACUGCAUAAUCAUAGUGUUAUAUUCAUUCUCUAAAUCUCGGAAAGAAGAAAAUUGCAAAUCAAAACUGCUUUUUUCCAAUUGGCUGCUUUUUCGCAACUCUGCUUCAGACGGGAUACACUCCACGUUUCUCCACAUUUUAUAGCAAUUCAUCACUAAAAGCUGGACAUUAUGGAGAACUGUCAAAAUUUAGGUACACUCAACAGCCCAGCUGCCUACAUUUGAGCUAGUUUUUAUCCUCAUUAGAUAACGUAAAAACGUGAUGAAUUGUCAAUGCUAUUUCGAACUAGGUGCGUGAAUAAUACUCUUAAAACAGUAAACUACAUUCGCCGUAUUAUAAAACGAAUACUUAAAGAUAAUACCUGCAGGCCUAGCACCGUUUAGGCGUAGAAUGUCCAAUUCGCGAAAUGUCCACCGGUCGCAAAUAGUCCAAUUCUCAGAAUGUCUAAAUCGCAAAAUGCCCAAUUCGCAAAAUGUCCAUUUCGCAUAAUGCCUAAAUCGCAAAAUGCCCAAUUCACAAAACGUCCAUUUCGCAGAAUGUCGUUCGCGACUAGCGGGACGUCCGUCUUAUUAUUGCAUGUUGCUUAUAGAAGAGCCAAGAAAAAGAAAAAAACAGAUAUUUUCAUAACAA